AUUACCUACAGACUUCCUAACUGACAGAGCUGAGUCUUCUGUGAGCUCCUCUUUCAUUUACAUUUACAUUUCCAGCCCCGCUUUAUUCAUUUUAAACAUCGGACUACUGAUCUGCUCUUGGAUUGGAGACUGUAUCCCAUCAUAGAUCCAUCUUUGUGUCCUUCAGCGGGGUUUAGAAGUAUGGUUGUUCAUCUUCCUGUGAGACUCCAGUCAUGUCCGCCGCCGUGUCCGCUCCUUCGAUGAAGAAGAAGAAGUCUUUUGCUCGAAACUCUAAGCAGAGUGGAAAGAUGUGUGUUUGGGAUGAAAGGCAAUUCCUAACCAUGUCGUUUCCAGAGAUGUACUGGCCGGUGCCGAUGCGAGCCAUCGGGGCUCAGAAUCUCCUCACAAUGCCCGGAGGAGUUUCCACCGCAGGAUACCUCCACAAGAAGGGAGGCAGUCAGUUUAGUCUCAUGAAAUGGCCAUUGAGGUACAUCAUCAUCCACAAGGGGUGCGUGUACUACUUCAAAAGCAGUACCUCUCCUUCACCACAGGGGGCGUUUUCUCUCAAUGGCUACAACAGAGUGAUGAGGGCAGCGGAGGAGACAACAUCCAGUAAUGUUUUUCCAUUUAAAAUAGUCCACUUCAGUAAGAAACACAGAACGUGGUAUUUUUCUGCUGCCAGUGAGGACGAACGAAGGAAAUGGAUGCGAUAUCUGCGAAGGGAAAUAGAUCACUAUAAUGACAGAAAAGAGUCCCAUAUUUCAAGUGACUCUGACUCAGAUGCAGACUUUUAUGGCACUAUAGAGAGACCCAUGGAAAUCAAACACGCUGUUGAAUCAGCAGAAGAUGCUUAUGUUGAUGAGGAUGAUGACGAAGAUGAUGAGGAAGACUAUCUGAAGCCAGACGGUGAUGGUUCAUCACCAUCUACAGGUCGACCCACGGGGACGCCUCCUUCCUACCCUCCUCCACCAGUGCCAGCAGCACCCCCACCCCAUCGAGAUUCGAGUCUAAAUGUCCUAAAAGGCCCCCUUCCACCUGUCCCCGGACAACACAGAAACCCAACAAGCCCACUCCCCAAAAAGCCUUCAAGUCCACACCAAACCCUUCAGAAAGAACCAAGCAAAGCCCCUGUCCCUCCUCUCCCCUUCGUCCCUCACCUGCAGAAAUCCCCGUCUCCAACACCUCAGAGCAGGACGACCUCACUGUGUAGUACUGGAAACGAUAGGAGGGACCAGUUUUCCAGCUCUGCUGUGCAGAUCCACUCACCUGCCACUCUGCCUAUCUGUGACCAGUUACACAACAGGAUGGUCCUGAACGGUCCAAUCCGCAUUUUACCAAAUACUGCCAGUACCCAGUCACUGGGAAACCACUGUCUUCGCAGCAAGCCAUGCAUACCACUUCCCCACUCCGAACGGUCAGUUAACCCAAUUCCCCCAUCGGUACCUUUCAAGCUUCCAGCAUCUCCCCUACUCAAGCCUGUACUUCACAGCAAGCUGACGACACCUAAACCGCCUCCGCCAACAGCCAAACCCCCGCUGCCUUCAGGCAAGACAGGAACUCCUUUUCAAAGAGCAUCUCCAGACGGGCAGAGCUUCCGUUCGCUGGGAGAUGAAGUCCCAGCUGAUUUUAGGAAGAAACCAAAGCCGUCCAAACAUCAAAACGACUCUGAUGACGACUACGAGAACGUGCAGCUGCCAGACUCAGUUUUCAUCGAUUCAACUGAAACCUCCUUUGUAGAAAUGCUUUUCAAAGAGUGCUGCGCUAAUCCGCCGGAUGGACUGUAUGGCAUCAGAAACUCAGGAACCAAAACUUCAAAGGUACUGGUGGUUUGGGAUGUCGGUAUAAACAAAGCCAGAAACUACAGACUGUUUGCAGAGAAUGACAGCAUAUUUCUGGAAAGUGACCUGACCUUCCCCAACCUGGCAGCCCUGGUUGAACACUACUACAACCAUCCUCUUCCUCACCACGGCUCCCUGUGCCUGCAGAAGCCCUACGCCAAGAUCCUGAGCAUCUGAAACCAGAGCUGGCAGCUGGGGACGCAUCUUCAAACUGAUUAAGAACAAACACAAUCGUACUGGAGAAGGAUAAAAACUUGAUAGAAAUCAGAAUCUGCUGCUCUGAAGCUGGAGUCGGUGACCAGUUUGAUGGUGAUGAAGUACUUUGUCCACAAGGAGGCGCUAAAUAACCGCCUAAAUCACAUUUCCCCACAAGAAGAAACCAUAGAGCCUCUCAGUUUCUGCAUUUGCAGCAUACUUAUAUAAAACAUUGUAACUAUAGAUAUUUAUUUUGGCAUAAUUUUUACAACUAAUUUCAAAAGAGAAAGCCUAAUAAGUCUCAGCAAAGGUUUUAGCAAGUUGUUAAAAAAUACACACUUCACACCAAAUGAAUGACAAGUAUUUCUGUUUAAAUCUGGCUGCAUCACAUGUCCUAUAAUGACUUAAAUUUGGCCUCUUAGCGAGCCAAACAGAUGCAAUUAAAGGCUAAACGUGGGAACAGCAAAUCAGCAAAUGUUCAUCCUGAACCUUUCACAAAAUUAUCAGGAAACUUCUUUGUUUCAGGGCUGUGAAAACAGGAAGUUAUUUUUUACAUUUCAGAUGAAAAUAGAGGGAAAACAUUAACAGUGUUCCAAAACCUUGUUUUCAAAUAGCCAAUAAGACCAAAACAGACUGAUUGUGCCUUAAAUGUCUGUUUUUGUUUGUGUUUUUGUCAACAUUGAAAGAUGCCUUUAAAAUUUGUAACAUUCCUGAUUUUUACAAUGUGUGGCUUUUGACCAUAUUUAUAUGUAAAUAUGUAAAAGCAUAACUGUAAAUAUGUAAAUAUGAUGUUUUCUACAUAAAUAUAUGCUGGGAAUGUAUAAACAACUGGAUAAAAACCGGAUUUUUUUUAUCUUUGUUUUCUAUUUUUGCAUAUAAAUAUAUUGCCACAUCAUGA